AUGUUCAAUGUUUUGGCACUCGCGUUGGUGACGCCAGGGGUUCUCUCCUCUGUGCUGCACCAGAUACCUGUACGACGUGACUCGAGUCUUUCCAGUUUUAUCCAAUCGGAGUCCUCUGUUGCCCUUCAAGGUGUGCUGAACAAUAUCGGCGCUGAUGGGAGUAAAGUGGCUGGUGCUUCGUCUGGAGUUGUGGUGGCAUCACCAUCUAAGGUGAACCCAGACUACUUCUACACAUGGACUCGAGACGGAGCAUUGACUCUAAAAGUCCUGGUGGAUACCUUCCUUGCUGGUGAUAGUUCCCUCGAAUCCACUAUUCAGCAGUACAUCGAUGCCGAAGCCCAGAUACAAGCUGUAUCUAACCCAUCUGGGGACCUGUCCGAUGGUGCUGGACUGGGUGAGCCUAAAUUCGAAGUUAAUAUCACUGCAUUCACCGGUGACUGGGGCAGACCUCAACGAGACGGGCCAGCAUUACGUGCAACUGCACUAAUUGCUUAUGGAAAUUACCUGGUUUCCAAGGGCGAAGAGUCUAUCGUCAAGUCUAACAUCUGGCCAAUUGUAGAGAACGACCUGAACUACGUUGCCCAGUACUGGAAUCAGACAGGAUAUGAUCUCUGGGAGGAAAUCUUGGGGUCAUCUUUCUUUACAUUGGCUUCGCAACACCGUGCUUUGGUCGAGGGAAGUGCAUUCGCACAGACGCUUGGAGAAUCCUGUACUGGAUGUGACUCCCAAGCUCCUCAGGUGUUGUGUUUCCUCCAAGACUUCUGGAAUGGCACUUCUAUUAUUUCCAACUUGGCAAACGAUGGACGCACCGGCUUGGAUGCAAAUUCCCUGAUUAGCUCUAUCCAAACCUUCGAUCCUGAAGCUGCCUGUGAUGAUUCAACCUUCCAGCCCUGCUCUGCGCGUGCAUUGUCUAACCACAAGUUGGUUGUUGACUCUUUCCGAUCUAUCUAUACCGUUAACAGUGGCAAAUCCACUGGAAGUGCCGUCGCUGUUGGUCGCUAUGCGGAAGACGUUUACCAAGGAGGAAACCCAUGGUAUUUGUGCACUCUAGCUGCAGCAGAACAACUAUAUGAUGCUCUCUACCAGUGGAAUAAGCAAGGGACGCUAGAGGUCUCCCAGACCAGCCUUUCAUUUUUCCAGGCACUUACAUCUUCCACGGCCAUUGGAAAUUACUCCAGUUCAUCAGCCACUUAUUCCACUCUGACUAGUGCUGUGAAGACUUAUGCAGAUGGGUUUGUGUCCAUCGUGCACGAAUAUACCCCUAGCAAUGGAUCCCUGGCGGAGCAGUUUAGCCGAGCUGAUGGGACACCAACAUCUGCAGGAGAUCUGACUUGGUCAUACGCGGCAUUUAUCACUGCAGGCGACCGUCGAAAUGGAACCGUACCAAGUAGUUGGGGAUCAUCCACUGCUAAUACUAUUCCAUCUCAGUGUUCUGGCAGUUCAGUUACUGGUAGCUACACAACACCUUCAGUUGGUACAUGGUGA